AUGGCCGUCGUGCCUCCUCACGGAUGUCUUGACUGUCCAAGAAGCCGGGCGCAAGCACUGAGCUCCUUGGCACAGUCCAUCAACACGACGCAAUUAUCUACAGCGGACCUCGAUACGACGACGCUUUCCCUCAACAUUCGAGGCGACGAUGAUGCUACUGCUGAAGGGAUCCAGACGGUAUUAUGGAUCCUCGUUGUUCUCUCGGCUGUCUUCCUUGGCUUGAGGAUCUACUGCAAGAUAUCAUAUUCCUAUACGAAGUUCAGGUUCGAGGAUGGUCUUCUCAUAGCUUCCUGGGUUGUUCUAGCUGGAGACGCUACACUGAAUGAGUUCAUCAUCAAGUCUCGCUUUGGACGACCAGGGUUUCCCAUCACGAUUGAAAAUAUCACAACGCUUGCUAUCGUCGGCUUGUCUUCGAUUACAUGCUCCUUUGUCGGCCAGGUCUGGAGCAAAACAGCCUUCGCCAUCUCACUCUUGCGUAUGUGUGAGGGAUGGAAGAAGGCAUUUGUUUGGUUCUCUAUUAUAUCGAUGAACAUCCUCUUCGCCUUUGCCUCCCUAUCAUUCUGGAUCGGCUGCGUGCCUCUUGAGAAGAGGUGGAAGCCCUUUGGCGACGGAACAUGCUACGACCUGAAGUGGGUGGUAUCAUUUGGCAUCUUCGUCAGUGGCCUUCUCGAUCUAGCCCUGGCUGCCAUUCCUUGGAUGAUUCUCAUGCGCCCGACACCAGCCGAAGAAUCGUCCGGACUCACUCUCAGCAAAAAGGAGAAAAUCGGUGUAUCUGUUGCUCUUAGUAUGGGAGUACUCGCCGGAAUCGCGGCGUUUGUGAAAGCGUCUUACAUGCGCUCCGUGAACGACACAACGGGUGACUUCUCUCACGGUGGUGCACAGUUGGCUGUGUGGGCUGCCGCGGAGACCGCCAUCACUAUCAUGGUGGCAACUCUGCCCGUGCUACGGGUUCUACUCCGAGACACUGCGGUGAAGACUCGGUAUCUCCCUGAAGCCAUCAAGAUGAAGGUCAGAAAGUCGACCAGACGCUCAGAAAGAGUUUCACGCAGAUCUGCGGAGGUUCCAGAAGACAAGUUGCAUCUCGCGUCUUCGGGAGCUUCCAUGUCAACGGCGGGGGCGUCUUCAUCAACCUCUGGCGGGUCUUCGAGAUCUGCAGAUUCGCAGAAAACCUUGAUCGGAAAGCCCAAGGAAUACCCAGUUCCAAAGCUUCCGAAUAUGAUAUGA